UUUGAUUUAAUGUUUUAGACAGAGUGCCACCGAUAGUACUCGGUAACCGUUCAAAGUGCGAGUGUACAUGUGAGACAGGUUGGCACUUCCUCGUGUACGAAGACCGGCCGAGAAAAUUGCAGACAGACGUGAUCGACGUGCGUAAUACUGUGGAAAAUGAAGGGAAUUUUAAGAUCCUGGCACCUCUUGUUGCUGGCCAUGGUGCUGACUUUUGUUGACAUCAACUCGCAGGAACUACUUCCGUUUGGAAGUUAUAAACAGGAAACUAGGUUUCCGAUUUUCGCUGGACAGUUUCAGACCUCUAAACAGUAUGGAAACCAAGAGCGCCAAUUUACUGCAGGAUUUCAUCUGAAUGCACCUCGAUCUCUACCACAGUUCAUACCGCCGAGAUUCCCGAUUAAUCCCAUUGUUUUCUCAGCUGCUAAGGAUAGCUUCGGGAACAGAAACUAUUUUCACCUUCCUUUGAUACCACCACCGUACAGUCUCUUUAUUCCCAAUUCUAUUCAGCAAAAACCUGAAACAAAAGGACAAGAAGAAGAGUACAGGAAAUAUCUUAAAGAAACAGAGGAAGAAGAUGAAAAAGAACGACAACAAAACGAGAUCACCACCGACCUUGACGAUGUGACCAUUACGUCUAGUUUCGCUGCGUCCACCCCCAAAACAUUCGUAAAUGUCAAAGUACAAGGAAAAGAAUACGGCUAUUCCACAUGAAACUUUUUUAAUAUUAAUUAAUAAGAUAUGCCAUAUAUGGUUAAUUUUUUAUAUAAAUAAUUAUAGUCUAUUAUACUUUAAAUCCAAAGAACAUCUAUUACACUAAAGUUGUGUAUUAUAUAAAUAAAUUAUUAACAUUAUUUAAUAGUCUACAAAUAAAAAU